AUGCUUCUUGUCCUAUGGUGUUUGCCUGAGCCGGAAGCCAGCAUUGCGAUCACUAUUAUAUUUGUUGUUGCGAUCAUGACCGACAAGCCGUUAUUUUUGAUCUGGGUCACUUCAAAAAUGUACGUGAAAUGCUGUAAAGGCGAUACCAUUGCACAGGUAGAUGAUAGCCCAAAGAACAUAAGUGAGAUGUCGACUGCAACAACAACAGCAAACUCAGAAACGUUGAAGCAGAGAUGUGCCUUAGACAAGGGAAAGGGAGCAGGGAUGGGGAGUCUUCAAGAAGUCUUUGUAAAUACCGAAAAGAAACAUUAA